AGGGCCGGCGGUUUAUCCGAAGAUCGACUUCGGGAUGGCACGGAGGUCUGGAAUCCGAAGACUACUCUGGAUCCUCAUAUUAUGUACCGGAUUCUCACUCACCGUUAUUCAGGCGAAAGGGUUGAUUGAAUACUUCAGGAGCAAUCCAACGGCCCAGACUAUACGGAUCGAGUCCCGAGCCAGAGUGGAGUAUCCAGAAAUAACAGUUUGUCCUGGAGUCACGUGGAAUUUCACUGCACUCAAGCUCCUCAACGUGACCGGGUUUUCGGCUUACAACUCGAUUUGGAGCGACUUGUUUCAGGAAUUGCUUAACAUUAGCGUCUUGGAAGCACUGAAUUCAUAUUCCUUAUGGGACCUUUCUAAAAUAGUGGUUUUAUGCACUUUCCCCAUCAAUCCCCAAAAUUACGAAUAUUAUCGUUGUUCUCCUCGUGAUGGCUAUACCUGGAUAAAUGGGAGCCGGGUCUAUGAAACGGAAGCGGGAUACUGGAGAGAGACACGGAUUGUGAAUUGGAGCGGCUCCAAUUCGCCUCUGAAAUAUUGCUACACUUUCCAUGUUAAAUCAAGCCUCCGGAUGCGGCUUUCCUCCAUUUCCCCUGUCAUGGAAUUUGCUUUGAGCUUCAAAGACUCCAUCGAUGAAUCCGGCGACUUUGGCGAACCCUAUUACGAGAUCCGCAUCGACUCGCCGGACGAACCGUUCACAGCAGUGAGGAAUGUGACAUCCUCAGGGAAGACCUUCUUCCUCUUGGGCGAAAGGAGUUACAUGCUGAGCCUCUCUCUUAAGUACUACGAAUUCUUGCCUUCGGGAAGUAAGUGCAAUGGGGACGAGGAAUACGACUACAAGAAGUGUUUGGAAACCGCAUUAGUGGAGUACAUGAAUGAAGCCCCGUGUAUCCAGCCGUCAGUAUUACCGAUCAAACAUGACCAAGCAGCAACGAUGCGCCAUUGCAACACUUCUCAAGACCAAACAGAUUUUAUCAACUUCUACGAUGAAUUGCAUGAAGAUUUUGAUCCUGGAUGUCCGAGGAAAUGCAAGAGGAAAACGUAUAACGUGAUCCAACUCGAUGAUCCAGACAUUCCUCUCCGGCAUUACGGCAUGAUCAAGUUGAAUACCCCCACAGCCGAGGUUGAGAUAGUGGAAGAGCAUUCGCUGACAUCGCUGGAACAGUUUCUCUCCAGCAUCGGAGGGAUGGUUGGGCUCUACCUGGGCGUCUCUCUCCUCGGUGUAUACGAAUGCUUGGAGAUUCUUGCAAUUUGGGUCAGGAUUCGACUCCUCAGGGCUCAGAUUAUACGCGCAAAUCUAUGAAUUGAAUGGGGUAAAGAGUUUUGGUGAGCCUCAUCUCCUAGGUAUGAAUGCCGUAAUGAGGGUAACCAGGAAACCUGGAAUCGUAGCAUUCCUAAAAUUGCAGUUCUCUUUCAUCGCUUGGCAAUUUAAGAUUCCUUAACGGUCGCAUGGACCGGAAUUUCUGCUGCUUUCUUGCAUGCGAGGUGCUUACAAAAUUGCGUUUUACACAUUUAUUACAAUCAUUGCACGUUCGUCCUCUGUACGAGGAUUUUCAAAGGCAACAGCAAAAGUUGAAGUAGCUGAAGCCUUCAAGCAUCGGCAGCAUCGUUAAACACAAUUUUCACGAUGAAACUGAAGUAGGAUUUAAGUAAACCAUUGCAACGUAUUACUUGCCUACUUUAAAAUUUUUCUUUUUUGAAGUCUCUAAGUAAAAAUGGGCAUGAGAAAGUCGGAACAUAUUUCAGACUUUCUUUAAAUCAUUUUUAGUCGUUUUGAGCAUGCCAUUUACUGAUGCGAUAAUCAUGCAUAUUUUCAUCAUUUCUUAAAAAUGCAUCUUUAGCAAAUUCACUUGAUAUUAUU